AGUGAAGAUGGCGUCUCCGAAUGGAGGUGAUGAGUUUGAAACUUCCCUGAUAAGUUUGGAGCGGCUGGACAGAGCAUCGCCAGACUUGUGGCCAGAACAGUUGCCAGGAGUUGCAGAAUUUGCUGCAUCUUAUAAAAAUCCAAUUACAAACUCCCCUCCCAAGUGGAUGGCUGAACUGGAGACCGAGGACAUUGAAAUGUUAAAAGAGCUUGGGAGUCUGACCACUGCCAACCUGAUGGAGAAGGUCAAAGGACUGCAGAACCUUGCUUACCAACUGGGUUUAGAGGAGUCCAGAGAAAUGACCAGGGGGAAGUUCCUGAACAUAUUGGAAAGGCAGAAGAAAUGACCUUUGUUGUUGUUGUUCAAGCG